UAUGAAGUUGCAUUGAUAUGUCUACCAGCAGGAUUGAGUUCCCAGCAAGUACUCCGUAUGGAAACGGUGUCUCACUUGAGUCAACACUGAAAGGGAAAAUGGUCCCCAUAGAACCAAUCAAGGUGGAGAGAUCAUGAAACACGGCAAAGGCUGAGCUUGUGUCCACAAACCCAAGAUAGUAACCGGAGCUUGAUAGGAGUAAAGCCUUGAACCAUCCCCACCGCGUUGUUGCUUGUCAUGGUACCAAGUCUGGUCUUACCCUGAAAAGGAGGAAUACAAGUGGAGCUUCACCCGAGGCUAUGGCUCGUAUUCUGCAUUAAUCGAAAAAUUUACAAUGAUACAGGAAUCUAUCUCGCAUGCGCCUUCCUGUUAGCUUGAUUCCCCGUUCACAGUUAUCUAAAUCUUCAGCUCUCCCCUCCCCUUCCUGACCUUUGAUCCUAUAUACGACACGAUACUAUUAUACUGCACUACACUGUACUACACUAUUAUGACCAUGUCCUAAUGCGUCCCUUCAACAGAAAGCAGAGGCUUUCACUAGUCACCUUUUCUAUCUUCUACUUCUUCCUCUUUUUCUUCUGUCGCGCCAACUCCGCGCGAGACCCAGGCUCCUACUUCUUCCAACCAAGAGAAGGCUAUCGUCCCGAAUACAAUGGACUCUCCAAAAAACAACGCUCCAAAAUCUCCAUCCACGUCCUCUUCGCCCUAACCACCCCCUCCAACCACCCAGACUACAACUACCCAUGGACAACCAACGCCAUCGACCGCAUCCUCACAUACGACACCCUCAACGCCUCAACCCCCUACCUCCGAGUCCUCGAACGCUCCAACAAAUACACUCCUGAAAAAUCCUUAAUCGACUACCGCCUCUCCCUAAAUACCUGCUACACCGGCACCGACGCCCCCUACUUCCUCAUGCUAGAAGACGACGUCGUCGCCCAGCGCUCCUGGUACGAAACCACCACGACCGCCAUCCGUCAAAUCGAAGAAUGGUCCCGCCGCGGCAUCGUCAGCCCCGACUGGCUCUACCUCCGCCUCUUCUGGACGGAGAAGUUCCUCGGCUGGAACUCUGAGAGCUGGCGCGAGUACUUUCUCUGGAGCCUGCUGGCGACGGGGACGGUGGCGGGGGUGGGGCUGGUCGCGCGGAGGACCGUCAAGCUCGCGCAGGAGAUCCUGAGUAAUUCGUUCCUGGGGCUGGUGUGUUUUGUCUGCAUGCCGAUGGUGAUUGGGCUGUAUUUUGCGUCGGGGCGGGUGACGGUUCAGAGGCCUAUGAAGCCGGGGAUUCAUCGCAUGAAUGCGCAUGGGUGUUGUUCGCAGGCUCUGGUUUUCCCUCGCGAAAAAGUGCCCCGGAUUAUGGAGUAUAUGAAGAAGAUGGAGGAUGCGACGACGCCUAAGCCUGUGGAUACGACGUUGGAGCGGCUGGCUAAUGAAGACCAGCUUGAUCGGUUGGCGAUUUCCCCGCCGCAGAUGCAGCAUGUCGGCGCGGCCUCCUACAAGGAGGACGAGAAGAAAUGGAGGAAAGGGGAGUACUCUGUCCGGGGCGCGCAUGGUGUUUGGAGUAUGGAGUUCGAGAAGGCCUAUGAGUCGGUCCCGUACGGUGGAAGUAUGAUCGACAGUUAUUGGCCUCAGUGAAGGUGUUCGGGCUCUCAUUUCGGCUACAAUUAAGAUGAUGAUGGAGAUGAUAUACCGACGAUUUUUUCGAGAUGCAAUGCUCUUUGAGUUCUAUGUGAAUAUGCUUAUGAGAUGGCCCCGCCCCAUGUCGAUGAGGUUUUAUGAAUGUACAUAUUUACGAAUUACAUAGUUCUACGCUCUAGAAAA